UAAGGCGCAACAACUUGUUGUUGUGACUCAUACGACAUUGACAGCUACCAUGGAGUGUUGUGUAUUUUCAAAAACAUCUACCUGCUUUUAAUAUUGCAGUUCUACUGAAGUGCGAUGGACGUGGCCUGUGUUUGUUGUAGAUGUGGAACUCUGCAAGCGGGUGCUACGGCUACUUUAUGCCUUCCGGUGACAGGCACUCAAAACUCUUUCCAUUGUCAUUGCUUUUGUUGUGCUCAGCCUCCGCGAAUGAAAUGUUUCUACUGCAACAUGCCGCGUGAUCUUGGACCACUGGAGUCCCAUGGCACUUGUCUACCCGACAAGCUCCAUGUGUUUGUCAACACGGAGCAAUGGCCACCAUUUUCGGUUAAUACACCACAGCCACCACUUAUUGGCAUGGUUGUCACCCUUGGCAAUGGACAGGAAAUGCAGCAGUUGCCUGAUAACGUUGAUGACGAUAAUGAAGUCCAUGAAAUGGAAGAAGCUGAUUACAUCGAGGAGGAAGAUGACUUUAACACAAUGCAUGCCAUUGGAAUAGUGAAAACUGAAUUACAAGAAUCGUCUGGGGAUGUGAAACCCCGUAUAUCAACCAAAUCGAAAUGGGUGUCCAUUGGUGACAUACGCAAGUGGACGAGUUGCAUUCGCUGUGGCAUGGUGAAAAUCAAAUCGGAUGGUUGGAUUAAACAUGCACAAAAGUGUGGACAGGAUCCAAAAUUUGCAAGCCGCAAAUUCUUCAUCUAUUUGCACACUCUGUCUUGGUGCAACACUUUGGUGAAUGACAAUUUUUGGGAACAGCACUCCAACGCCGUGAAUGGCAAAUGCAAAAUAUGCCGUUCAAGCCGUUUAAACAAAGAGCCGUUGCCGUAUCAGCCAAAGCCGCCAACACGUAAAAACGAAAAAACAUUAUCGAAACAGUGGCGAUCUCGCAUACUAAAGAAACGCAUCAAACGGAAACAAUCGAUGGCUGCCGAUGUGCCAAAUUUCCAAAAUUCAGCUAAUAAUAAUGCCCCGAUGCGAAUUGUCGAGUGCAUUUCACUGCGGCAAAAUGAUUAAAUUGGUCAAAAUGCAUUUUCAAUACAAUUAUUAAUUCAUAAUCACACAAAUGUUAAAUGCUAUAACACGCUUUACAUAUCCACUUAAUAAAUAAAGACAUUAUUUUGUAAUUCAAGCAUUUUUCGCACAUCGAAAUCCCAAAUUGCCAGCUGAACUGUCUUCGGUAUUUUGGGAACGUGCUGCACAACGAUAACGAAAACAAUACGAUUUGUGACACA